UGUAAAAAUAUAUAUAAAAUUAUCAAAAACCCAUAAAUUAAAUACCAAAACUUGAGGUCCUGGCUUAAGAAAACAACUUACUAUUAUCAUCCUAAUCCCCUUUCUGUAUAUAACAUAAAAAGACCCACUCUCAUUUUAUAACCCUAACCAAGUUACCAUCCUCUCUCUCUCUCCCUCUCUCUCUACCCAUUCCUUUCACACACGCUCUCUUUCUCUAAUGUGGCCGGAGUGGUUGAGAUCACCGAGUAGGGGUCACACCUCAACAAGAGCGCCGCCACCAGCGGAUGCAGCAGCAGCAGCAGCAGCACCGCCAUCACCAUCCCCAAACCCAAGAUACUUCUCUUGCUCAUCUUUUAAAGACAUCCAUACUCUUGUUUUAGAAGACCCACCCGCCAAAUACGGAUCCAUAUCCCAACAACCCCAUUCCCCUAAAAUACCCUCCAUCUUUCACCGUGUACGGAUCGCCACCUCCCUCCUCCGCACACACCGCCACCUCAACCAGCAAAACAACAGCUCAAAGCUCUCCAUCAUUUCACCCCCACCUAACAUAGAUGACCAUAACAUAAUCCUCUACUUCACUACCCUCCGCAUUGUCAGAAAAACCUUUGAAGACUGCAGGACCGUCAGAUCAAUCCUCCGUGGAUUCCGGAUCCCAAUUGACGAACGAGAUUUAUCCAUGGACAGUAAGCAUUUAGAUGAGCUACAAGAAAUCACAGGGUCAAAAAAAGUCACAUUACCCUUAGUUUUUAUAGGAGGAAAAUUUGUGGGCGGCGCUGAAGAGAUUAAAGAUAUGAAUGAAAAUGGAGAUUUGAAGAAAAUGAUUACUGGGUUACCUUUUGUCGACAGCAGUAAUAGUAGUAAUAACUGUGAUCUUUGUGGAGGGCUCAGAUUCAUUCUCUGCGAACAGUGUAAUGGUAGCCACAAGAUCUAUACGGAGAAGUAUGGGUUUAGAAGCUGCAAUUCUUGCAAUGUCAACGGGCUGAUCAGGUGUCCUUUGUGUUAUACGCUGUUCCGGCGACGUAUGUCAUCAUAGCACCUCAAUGUCUAAGGAAAAAAAAAAAAAGGAUAGUUUUAGGCUUUUAGCAGUUUCCUUUUUUAAUUUUCUUUUUUUUUCUUACUUUUUAAUUUAACAGUUGUGUGGAAUAUAGGAAAAUAGAGAUAAUUAAUCCCAUGUAUGGAUUAAUUGUUAAUUAUCUUAUGGGAUUUGUUUGUUUAGAUUUUCUUUUUUUUCCCUUUUUGUAAAUUGGAAAAUUUGUUUAGGCUUACCAACAAGAAUAUUUUAAUGGUGUCAUUAA